AUGGGCUGCAAUCUGUGCACUUUACAGAAGAGAGAGGAGCACUACAAGCUGCUGUAUGAGAUUGCACAGGUGAAUGGGAAGGAGCUGUCCAAGUCCAGCCAUGAGGAGACGGCGGAGGCCGGCCACAGCGCUAAGGGGCCCAUCGUGGUGCAGGUCAUCAGGCGUACCCCGAGCGGCCGCCCCCACGGCCCCCCUCAGGAAAUCCACGUGGUGGAUGUGUGCACGCAGACGGACAUCACUUUCGAGCACAUUAUGGCGCUGGCCAAGCUGCGGCCCGCCACGCCUCCCGUGCCGGACGUCUGUCCCUUCCUCCUGUCCGACAGCUGCCAUUCUCUCCAUACAAUGGAUCAGGAAUACUAUGAAGGGACCGACUACCUCUCCCCCUUGCCUGCUGACGGAGACAGGCCCGAGGAGUUUGAGUACGAGGAGGUGGAGCUGUGUCGACUCAACAGUCAGGAGAAGCUGGGACUGACGCUGUGCUACAGGACGGAUGAAGAAGACGACGUGGCGAUCUACGUCAGUGAGAUCGGUCCAAACAGUAUCGCCGCCCAGGACGGCCGGAUCAGAGAAGGAGACCGCAUUUUACAGAUAAAUGGCCGAGAUGUGCAGGACAGAGAGGAAGCGGUGGCCGCUCUUUCCAGUGAAGACUGUCGCAACAUUGUGCUGCUGGUCGCCAGACCUGAGAUGCAGCUGGAGGAGGCCUGGCUGGAUGAUGAACACAGUGAGUUCUUGGAGCAGCUGAAGAUGGAGAUGUUGGAGGAGCAGCAGAGAGAGGAGUUGGAGCUGGCCGCCCUUCGGGAAGAACAGGAGAACGAGCAGAGAGUGGAGGAGGCAACACCCACAUGCUCCACCCUCCAACACCACACUGAAAGCACAGCGAGCAUGGCCAAAAGGGGGGAAGACGUCCUGGCGCACAUCCAGAGACGGCUGUCCCAGUGCCUGAGAGACAAUCAGGAUCCGCAGCACAGUACUGGCUCUGUGCGGCUGCAGGAGGAGGAGGAGGAUGAAGAGGAUGAGGAGGAGGUGGAAGGCGACCGCUUCCAGCAGCUUCUGGAGCUCAAAUGUCAGAUCCACAACAGUGGUGAGUACGACCUUUUCUACAGCCGCCGUAGCACUAUCGAGUGCAGCAUGGCUGAGCAGAGCGGUGUGCAGCAUGAGCUGCGCAUGCUCAACGAGGAGCUCCGCAGCAUCGAGCGGGAGUGCCAGAACAUCAUGCAGGCCCACAAGCUCCGCAAGGGUCAACAGUUGCCCUCCAUGGGCCACACCGCUCCCUCCAUCAAGGACCAAAGUCUCCAACACGGCCAGCCCGCUAGGGGAAAGCUGGUGGACAUCAACGAGAGGCUGGAAAAAUCGGACAAGGACAGCUCCAGCGCAUACAACACUGCGGAGAGCUCACGGAGCACCCCUCUGGCCAUGGACCGCUCCCCAGAGCACUCUCUCCAGAGGAUGGUCAGCCUCACCAACCAGAGGAAUCUCCGAAGCAGCCUGGCCACGGGCCACUCUCUAAGCCCCAGCCCCAGCCCGACACACCGGGCAACGGUCCCGGGCAAGAGCAGCAGUACGGACCACAGCAACCCAUCUGAGUCAGACCAGACAGCCCAGGCGGAGGAGGAUGGGCGAGGGAAGCUGAGACCCUGCGGCUCCCAGAUGCCGUACUUCUCCCCAUCCCACAGCUCACAACAGAGGCAGACCAACAUCCCAGCUCAUGCCCGCCACUACCAGAGCUACAUGCAGCUGAUCCAGCAGCGCUCCGCAGUGGAGUACGCCCAGAGCCAGCUCAGCCUGCUUAGCGUAUGCAAAGAGCCGCAGCGGCCCACCAACGAGCCCAAGAUGGAGUGGAAGGUGAAGAUCCGCAGUGACGGCACCCGCUACAUCACCAAGAGGCCCGUGAGGGACAAGAUCCUGCGAGAGCGCGCCCUGAAGAUCAAGGAGGAGCGCAGCGGCGGCAUGACCACAGAUGACGACGCCAUGAGCGAGAUGAAGAUGGGCAGGUACUGGAGCAAAGAGGAGCGGAAGCAGCACCUGGUCCGGGCCAAGGAGCAGAGGAGGAGGCGGGAGUUCAUGCAGCGGAGCCGCCUGGAAAGCCUGAAGGAGAACCCUCAGAGCAGCAGUGAGGGCCGCAAGGAGGUCAGCAUCAUCGAACUCAGCCACAAGAAAAUGAUGAAGAAACGCAACAAGAAGAUCCUGGAUAACUGGAUGACCAUUCAGGAACUGAUGACUCACGGGGCCAAGGCGCCCGAGGGGGCCAAGGUGCACAACGCCUUCCUUUCAGUCACUACUGUUUAA